AUGCCCAUCCCCGAACGGCUGGAUUUGGAUGCGUUGAUGUACCGCCUCCUAAUCUUCCAGUGUCCAAAGGUCUUGGCUGCUUGCAUCCUUUGCGUCCUAUGGUCGUCAAAUCUCUCCAUGGACGAGACCUACGACGUCUUGGAGUUCUAUGCCGGAAGGGGCAACCUUUCGAGGUGCAUGAAGCUCAGUGGACGCAGAACAGGGAGUCUGGAUCUCCUUUAUGGUAAAAAGGCCUUGCCUGAAAGCGGCUUUGAUCUCGGAUACGCCCAGUUGGGGCAAGUGUACAACUAUGUGCGUAGAGGGAAGAACUUGGUGAUCCCUGCUGAGUGGC